CUUAAUCUGAAAACCGGAAAUAAAAAAUAUCGCGGGAAAUUUGUGUUUACGUUUGUUGAUUAUUAUUGAAGUUUGUUAAAGUAAUGCCGCCGGUUGCUAUAAAAUAUGUUGUUUCAUUUUCUUCUCAGGAUGACAGGCACCCAGUUUCCAAUCUUAUAAAGGGUGAUGGAUUUAGAAAAUGGUUGAGUCAUCCACAGGAGAAGUCGGGCCAUAUUGAGGCAGUAUUCCAGCUAGAACAACCAUGUGUAAUUUCCUACAUUGAUAUAGGAAGCAUCUGGUGUGCCACGCUCGAGAUCAAGGUUGGAUGUUCAGAUUGGCCUGCAGGUCGUGAAUUUGAAACACUUGCUUAUACAGUGAACCUGAUGACCCCUGCAGAUUGUAUUACAGGAAAGAACCCAAACAAAACACAAAUGUUUUCUCCAGAUCUAUUCUGCCCGGAUAUUGCUAAGAAAGAAUGGGAUCGUAUUAAAGUAAUCUGCCGUCAACCUUACAAGAAGCUUACACAAUUCGGACUGUCAUUCCUACGUGUGAAAACAUCAUUGACAACAAUAAAUUCAACACAUGUGGAGAAAAAAGAAAAUAUGCCUUCUGUGUCUACAUCUACAACUGUUAAAGAUAUACAGAAGCAUUUUAUGCAGAAGCUUGAUAAUGGAUUGAACAAGUCAAAUGGUCAACUGAAGUCCAGAUUACUGAAGAUAGCUGCUAGUUCUGAGAAUGGUAUGGAACACGGUGACUCUCUGUCUCGUACUGCCAAACUUGUACUUGCUGCUUCAGGAAACAAAACUAAGUCAUAUAACGUGCAGAGUCCUGUACCUAACCAGGAAAAGUCGAGCUUGUACUCCAGUAGGGUAGAACAAAAAUAUGGCCCACAGUUUGAGGAAGAAGUUGACGAGUUUUUAAAGCAAUUAGUGAUAGACCCGAAAGAGUUUGAUACCAUAACAAUGGCAGAUGUAAGACAUAAAUUUGAAAGAAAGAAACGUCGGAAGCUGACCAAAGAUGAAAAGAAAAUUUUCAUUCAGAAAGCUACAGAAUAUUUGACAUCAGCUUUUAAUGACAAAACAAACAAAACUGUUGAUACUGAAAGAAAGGAAAAGCUACCCCCAACUUGUGUCAGGGAUAAAAACUGUGACAAAAAGGAAAACACAGAUGUCACAAAAAAUAAUGAGAACAAUUUAAAGAAGCUAACAGAAGCUAAAAAACCUGGUGUUAAAAGAAAAUUAGAUGCUGUAAAUAACACUCCACCGAGUAAGAAGAUUGUUACAGAAAAAAAUAGUCCACUUACUGUGAUGCAGAAAUUAAAAUCUAAUGAGAACCAGUCAGUUGGUGAAAAGAAAGAUCUGAUUGGACAACUGAAGAAGGCAAAGCAGUCUGGACCAAUAGGAGACUGUGUCUCAUCGCCUGGUACCCCUUUCCAGUACAAAGGUCUUAGAGGACGGGAAUCCGAUAUAGAUUCACAAUUGUCACAAGACCCAGUUUCUUCUGUUAUAACAUUUGAUAAUAUUCUAGAUGUUUCAUGUUCUAGAAAAGAUUCCUUGUCUGUUGAAAAUAGUACAACAGAUUUCUUGUCUUCCAUGGACAAAUGUUCACCAGUUGCCAAAGUAAAUUUUGGAUCUGACAGUUCUGAUGAUGACAGUUGGUUAAAUACAGAUAUUGAGGUCAAUGUCUCAAAGGGUCGUAGAGGUCGUGGACGUGGCAGAGGUCGAGGAAGAGGAAGGGGUAGAGGUAAACGUACCAGCACUCCUGUCAGUACUAGCUCCAUAGAUGACCUUGACCUUUCAUCAGAUAUUUGUAGUCCUCAGACAGGUCGUCGAGGUAGAGGAAGAGGUAGGGGCAAAAAGAAGGAUAGGGGAGGUGUGCAAACAAGGAAACCAGUAAUGCAGGCUGAUGUGAGUGUUACACAUGAGGAGAUGCCUACACCUAGAGGGUUUACCAAAUGUACAGGCUGUGGAGAUUAUUUUGGUGAUGCUUUAUUAAGUGCCCAUGAACGAAGAUGUGCAGCAUUGAAGUCUAAGACUAUGGCAAGUUUUGAUGUCACAUCAGAUGGCAGUGGCAUGAACAAAUCUAAAAGAACUAACACAGCCAGUUUGGAGGUUAGACUAACAAGUUUUAUCAGAUGUGAAGGAUGUAAUGAAUGUUUUGGAGAAACUCAGCUGUCCAUUCAUCAACAGACUUGUACAACAUGGAAGAAUAAAAACAAAACAAGUUCCUGUGAUUCACCAUGGUUAUCAGCUAGAACUCCAAACAAUACCGUAGUAUCCAAUCCGAAACUCAGUACCAGUCCAGGUCACAAACUAGGAACAAGUAGCAGGAUGGGAACCAGUCAGGAAGUAGGUCAGGGGUCAAAGAAUGAGCAAAUAAAGUCACCCCCAUGGCUUUUAGCAGCUGAAAGACGUCUACACCAACAGAGGAAUUCUACAAACAGUGAUCAGUCAUUUUCUAACUCACCAUCAAACUGUUGUAAUAGUUCUACAUACUCAACUACAGUAACAGAUAGGCAGAAUUUUUCUCUUAACUCAGUCAGUUCAUCAUCUAGUAUUCCCAGUCCGGUGAUUGAGUCUCAACAAUAUAUGUUAGAUAAAUAUGAAUCACAGACAAACAAUGAUGAUUCACAAUACAGUCAGAGUCAGUCAAUUCUACAAGAAACUGUCCCACCAAGCAGGCAAAUAAGAAAUAAUAGAUCUGAGAACUUUUCUUCAGGCCAAGCUAAAAUUGUGGUAAACAGUAAAAAUAGGAGGCAAAGUACUGGUAUAGCAAAGACAAGAUUUAGUGCAAUAGAACUUUCGGAUGACAGUGAUGAUGAUAAUGAUGUACUGCCAGUAAUUGUUAGAACUGACACAAGUAGAGCGAAUAAUGUUCGUGAAAGUAUUACUCGUACUUCUACGAACAAUGUAAACAGUGAUAGUGGACUAGGGGUAAUACAAGUAGAAUGCCCUCUAUGUGGGGACUUUUACCCAUCAUAUAUUAUAGAAGUGCAUGCCUCUAGUUGUUAUUUGUAAUCUUAAUUAAAGUUAGAGUGGUUUUAAAUGUUUUGUGCCAUUACCAUACUAAUUGAAAUAUGUGUUAUUAAAUAGAAAAAGAGUUUUAUUAUUGAUACAUUUUUUUCUGUUUUAAGUUUAAAAUAAAAUAAAACUUUGUUACUUUAAACAUGAUUAAGUGUAUUUUUAGACCGAUUUUAAGCUGAACUUUUUGAAGAGUAGGGAGAGCUAUUGCAUUCACUAGGGCUUUGCUAUCACACUUUGGUUAAGAUUUUGCGUGCAAGUUGAUAUCUCCAAAACUACUUAAUGAAAAAGGUUGAAACUUAAUUGACUAGAGCAAAAGUUGUCUCUAUUUAAGGGCCAUAACUCUAACAUGGAUUUUGAUGGAAUUAUAACCCUUUUUUGAACUAAGAUUCUACAUUAUCCAAGCUCUUGUUUUAGUGUCAAGCAUUUAGAAUAGUCUUGCCAGCAACUCUUGUGUUAUCUCACAAACAAAAAGAUUCAUAAGUGGUGUGAAAGUGACCAGUGAAAUAUACACAAUUUAAUAUGAUGAUAAUAGUUUUGUUGAUUAAUAUCUGUAGAACAGGUUCCUAAAAAGUUGCUGUAAAAAUGAAAAAGAAAACAAUGCAUGAUGUUUUUUGUUGUAAUUACUUUGUGCCAAUAAAAUUUCUAGUCACUGAGAA